AUGGCUGCCUCCCCCGAUCGCGCCGACGUUCCGCGCGUGAACGGCGACGCUCGCCUCGCCAACGGUCAUGGCCCCGACGGCGGCCCCAGCAGCGACUGGGACGCCAUCGCCAAGGAAGAUGACGAGAACAUCAUGAAGGCACUCGGUGGCUUUGGCAACGAUGGCGAGAUGAAGAUGCUCGCCGGCUUCGAUGACAAAGAGCUGGACCAGACUGGCAAGGCAGACGAUGCCAUCGAUUUUGAGGACUUGAGCGACGACGAUCUCGCUUCUGACGACGAUAAUCUGGUCUCCGACAACGCCCCCGCCACCCAAGGCACGGCCCUCACCGAACCGCCCGCGAGCCUAGACCCUGAUGUUGUCCUGGAAGGCGACCCCUACGCCGAUGUGGACGGCGAUCUGGAUGACCUCUUCGGCGGUGCUGAUGAUGGCGAUGUCGUCCUCCCCGCAUCAUCACCCCCUCCCGACACCCAACCCCCAGCAGUGCCCCAGCCUGCCGAGGAUGAAGUCCCUUCUCAGGCCGAGAAGGAGCCCGUGACGGCUGCCAAUGUCACCGACGAUGAGUGGGCCCACAUGUCCUGGGAGGAGAAAGUCCGCCUCAACUUCCCUCAGGAGGAGCCCAACAGUGUCAGCGCUUGGGUCGCCGAUCAGACACAGCAUCAGGACCCUUCCGUCCCGAUACCGCCUCAGAACGUCGAGGAACUCGUCAAGCAGAAGUUCCCCAGCUUUGAGAAGUACAAGGUGCUCAACUUCAGAGAGCUGUUCAAAGAAUGGCCAGCCCACUACAACUACAAGGAGCCGCCCAAGUCGCUGCCUCCAGUGGUGCCGAAUAAGCUCGAGCUGGAGAUUGACGUCGACACCGCCAAGCUGUUCCGCAUCCCCGAUGCCACCCUUGCCGCGAACUCUAAGCGAUCUCAAGGCCAGCAUGGGGAACAACAGGAUUGGGCCGAACCGCCCAUGUUAAUGGACCUGGACGACAUGUUCCCGGACUCGGACCUGAACGACGAGGCAGAGCUUGUCGGUGGUCUCACCUUGAAGGAAUUCGCGACCGUGUGCGAUGAUUGGGAUAACAUAGGGGACCCUGGGCCACUAUACCGGCAGACUGGUCAACUCACCCCCCCUGCCGAGGAGGACGAGGAGAUGGAUGACUGGGAAAAGCAGUUUCUGCCAGACAAAUCGACGCAGGUCGUGAAAAAGCGAAAGUACGAGCCCGGGUUGCCUAACAUCACCGAGUAUUCCACCUCUAGCAUAACCAACUUCUUCGAGGCUACGAAACGGCAGGGUCGGUGCAUCCAGCUCGAUCAGAGUGAUCCCUACCUACUGCUCGAAGACAUGCAAGUCGAGCGGCCUGCAAAGAAACCCCGCGUGGAAGAAAAGAUGAAGCGCAUGGCCAACGGCCAACUCGGCAGAGAUGUCAGGCAUCGAUUCAACUACUCCAACGACGCGGAAUACGAGGCUUUGACAGCCAACCACAAAACCAAAGUCAGGGCCUUGCUUUCCAAUACCACAGUCGAGCACAGUAUGCCUGCUCAGAGGCUGGCCUUCCCUUACUACCGCACCAAACUGCAAGGCGAGUUCUGGGAGCAUCACCGUCCCAAGUUUGACUUUGCCAAGCUGUUCAAGCACCAGGUGCGCUUCAGGCGGCAGGCCAAGGUCAAGCGCAAGGAGAUGAAGGGGAAAAGCGUCAAGGAGAUCUUCCAGAGCAGCAAGGACCUCUCUCUCAACGAUAACUCUACGGUUAUCCUUUUUGAGUACUGCGAGCAAAACCCUAUCCUGCUGAACAAAUUCGGAAUGGGCAGCCGCAUAACCAACUACACGCGCCGAAAAGAGGGUGACGAGGAGUACAAGCCUGCAAAGGCCGAACUCGGCGAAAGCCACGUUCUGCUCCCACAAGACAGAUCACCUUUCUCCAUAUUCGGCACGGUGGACAUUGGUGAGGUUGUGCCUACCCUCCACAACGCCUUGUUCCGGGCGCCUGUCUUCAAGCAUGAGCCAAGGGACACCGAUUUCAUCCUCGGUUACAACCUCACUGGAUCGGAUGCCCCAUUCUACUACCUGAAAAAGGCCCAUGGUCUUCAAGUUGUUGGCCAGCAGAACUACUACCAAGAGGUCCCUGGCUUGCACGCUAGAAAGAUCACUAGUGCCAACAAGACGCGCAUGAGGGCAGUCUGUGACAGAAUGGCAAAACAGCGACCAACUCGCGACAUUGACAUUCGAGAAGUCACUCCUCAUGUGUUUCAAAGGCAGGACCCGCAGAACAGGUAUGGCUCCAGCGAUGGCGGCCCUUCCAGCAAGAAGGAAAACCGUAUUGACCCCAAUGACAGACAGAAGAUGAAAGAAUUCUAUGUCUACAAUAAAGAAACCAAAACUUGGGGUUACAAGGAGGGUGAUGCUCCCUGGGAUGAGAGCUUCAUCCGGCAACAGCUCAAGCCAGAGGAUGUUGUUCUCAUUGAGGCCACGCAAGUCGGUGCCUCAAUGCUACAGAGUGCAGGUUAUGACCCAAAGGCACCAAGUUUCACUGAAGAUGACGAUGAGCUGGGGGCGGACAUACCUCUGGUUGCCAAGUUGGCACCAUGGCAGAUCACCAAGAACUUCAUUGAUGCCUGCCAAGGAAAGGCCAUGGUAGCCUUGCACGGAGAGGGAGACCCGACUGGCCAUGGGCUGGGUUUCAGUUUCAUCAAGACGUCCAUGAAGGGUGGCUAUAUCAAUGCUGUUCAAGGCCCACUUGCCACCAGUGCCGACGCAAUCGAGAGAGAGAGGAAAGCCAAUGGGGGCCACUCAUACAAUGUCAAAAAACAGCACGAGAUGUACAUGGCUGGUAUUAAGGAUAUCUGGGAGAGACAGAAGACCACCCUGUCAGAUCCUACAACCCACAACGACGAUGAAGUCUUGGACGGCACCAAUGAGGAUGACAGAUUCAACACGCACAAAGCAUCUGAACACACUCCAGCUGCUCCGAUGGAUGAUGGACGAAGUCAGCUGAGCCAUUUCAGUCAGAAUAGUGGAUAUGGACGGCGCAAGAUCAGGAUCUCGCGCAGGAAGCGGGCGGAGGAUGGCAGCAUAACAACCGAGCACGAGAUUGUCGAGGACCCUCAGGUCAUCCGGAGCUAUCUCAAACAGAGGAGAGAGCUUGAUCUUGCAGCCAGAGAUAUCUACAACAUGAAGCCCACAGGCGAUGCCGAUGCAGAUCGUGAGCAAGCGAGGCUCAUUGAGCAGGAGCUCCUCCGCCUUCAGAAGAACGCUGAUCGACGCCAAGUGCGGGAGAAGCAGGGAAGAGGCAAGAAGAAGGAGGUACAAGCCGAUGCAGGCUCUCCCGACCCAUCAGGUCCGGGUGCAGGUGGUACAACUCGGAAAUGUGCAAACUGCGGACAAGUCGGUCACAUCAAGACCAACAAGGCCAAAUGUCCCCUUCUAAACGGCACAAUCUCUACAGAGAACGCGGCCGACCUUGGAGGAUUUGGCUCACUUCCUGGCGUUGGGGCUUCGGCCAAUUAG